GAGUGUUCACCGGACAGUAGGCAGGUUUUGUUACGCGAGGGAACGGUAUUUGCCUAGACUCGUGAAAGUUGCUCCUUGACCGAUUGUGGUAGUUGGUCAACUGUUUUAUUAAUUCGUCGAACUUCAGCGUCGAACAUCGAAAGGAAAUGUUACGCUCACUGUUGGUGGCGUUAUUUGUAUCGCUAGUAUGGGGAAUAUCAACAUCUCAGGAUACGAAUAAGACUGAUAACCUGAUAAAGGCUAAAGAAUUUCUAAAUAAACUCGACAAACAAUAUGCAGAAUGGAACAAUAAGCUAACGCUCGCCGAAUGGAAAUAUGCAUCGAAUUUGACUAAAGAUAAUUUAGCGGAUAAAUUGAACGUAUCUUCAAAAGCGGCACAGUACUUUAAAUCCGCAUGGCAAGAAGUGAACCAAUUCUCGUGGAAGGAUAUUAAGGAUGAACGCAUCAAGAGACAAUUCUCAAAACUUAGCGUUCUAGGUUAUGCAGCACUUCCUGAAAAUCUUUAUCAAGAAUAUGAGAAAAUUAUAAGUGAAAUGGAAAACAUCUAUAGCACUGCCAAAAUCUGCGAUUACAAUAAUCGAACAAAAUGCGAUCUCGCUUUAGAACCGGAAUUAACGGAUCUUUUAAAAAAGAGCCGCGAUCCUGAAGAACUGAAAUAUAUUUGGACCGAAUGGAGAAAUGCCACUGGUAAAAAAGUGAAAUUUUUGUUCAUGAGAUACGUUGAAUUAAGUAAUAUGGCUGCCAGAUUAAAUAAUUAUUCUGAUAACGCGGCUUAUUGGCUAAAAGAUUAUGAGGCUGAUGAUUUUCCUGAACAAAUCGAGACACUCUGGCAACAAUUGAAACCACUUUAUUUACAAUUGCACGCAUAUGUUCGUCGCGAACUUCGAAAAAAGUACGGUGAAAAUAUCGUUUCGAAAGAUGGUCCCAUCCCAGCACAUUUGCUAGGCAAUAUGUGGGCGCAAAGUUGGAGUAACAUCGCAAAUUUUACUACUCCGUAUCCAGGAAAACAAAUGCCAGACGUCACCGAUGCUAUGAUAAAGCAAGGAUACAAUGCGACAACUAUUUUCCGCGUUGCCGAAGAUUUUUUCACUUCGAUCAAUCUCACUGCAAUGCCGGAUCUUUUUUGGGAACGAUCAAUAUUGGAAAAGCCAAAAGAUCGCGAACUAAUCUGUCACGCUAGCGCCUGGGAUUUCUACGAUGGCAAGGACUUUAGAAUUAAACAGUGCACUGAAGUCACGAUGGAACACUUGUUAACCGCACAUCACGAAAUGGGUCACGUGGAAUAUUAUCUACAAUAUAAAAAUCAACCCACUUUUUUUAAAGAAGGUGCGAAUCCUGGAUUCCAUGAAGCAGUUGGUGACGUUAUAGCACUUAGCGCAUCUACACCGAGCCAUCUAAAAACCAUUAAAUUACUGGAUGAUGAUUCAACUGAUGUGGAAGCUAAUAUUAAUCAUCUUUAUUUGAAAGGCCUUGAUAAAAUCGUCUUCUUACCAUUUGCAUAUGCGAUGGAAAAGUGGCGCUGGAGUGUAUUCCGUGGAGAAAUCACGCCAGAUGUUUAUAAUUGUUUCUGGUGGGAUAUUGCUGAAGCUUUUCAAGGUAUUGAAGCACCAAUAACUCGAUCAGAAGAUGACUUCGAUCCUGGUGCGAAAUAUCAUAUAAUAGCAAAUGUCGAAUACAUUAGAUAUUAUGUCAGUUUUAUAAUACAAUUCCAAUUUCACAAAGCUCUUUGUAUAGAGGCAAAACAAUAUGAUCCGCAGAAUUCAAAUUCAAAACCAUUACAUAAAUGUGAUAUUUAUAAUAAUACAGCAGCAGGAAAUUUGUUAAAAUCAAUGUUGGAAUUGGGUUUUUCUAAACCUUGGCAAGAUGCAAUGGAAAAAAUCACUGGUCAAAGGAAUAUGGAUACUGCCGGACUAUUGGAAUAUUUCAAACCAUUAACAGAUUGGCUUACAGAAGAAAAUAAAAAAACUAACGAAUAUAUUGGAUGGAAAUCUAAAUCAAAAGGAUGUGCAUGAAUCUUGGUCUAAUAGGCACUAGAAAAAAGAUGAAUAAAUAAAAAUAUAAUAUAUGAAUAAAAUAUAAAUAAAACAAAUAAAAAUAAA